GGACCAAAGAGCACCAGGACCACCCGAAAACCUAAGCUCCACCAACCAGUCUAUUUGUUCCUUUUUAACAAUCUGUUCCUGAUAACCAAGCGCAGUGGAGACAAGUUUCAUGUCCUGGACUCAUCUACCCGAGCCAUGCUGAGGACUGAGGAUCAUGAUGACCAGGGCCAACUACUGGCCAAUGUCUUUACUCUAAAAAUGUUGGAGAACCAAGACAAGUGUUCAGUCCUCUACAUGAUCCAGACCUCCAGUAUGAGUGAAAAGCUGCGAUGGAUGCAUGCACUUACUCCUAACAGGCGCACACGAUUCAUGCCCUUUGGCCCCCAUCAAGAAGACUUUCCUCAGGUGCAGUGUAUUAUGUCCUACGCAGCUCAAGAACCAGAUGAAAUAGCAACUGAGAUCGGUGAUGUUUUUAAUCUUCUUGAGCAAACAAAUGAUGGUUGGAUGAUGGGUGAAAGACUUCACGAUAAGGAAAGGGGCUGGUUUCCCAAUCGCGUGACAGAAGAAAUCAAGAGUAAGGAGGCCCGUGUUCAGAACCUGAGAGAGGCAUUUAGGGUCCAACAGACCCAUAAAGGAGAAGGUGGGACACAGUCAGAACCCAGGACUGGUUUAAGGGCAGUAAGACCCUUUCCCAAGAGCUCCAACUUCACUAGUCUUUUUAAACACAGGGGUGACAACAACUGAAAGCAGAAGAAAUACAGUUUGUAGCGGUGAUGAAUGUCAACAUUGUGUAUCAUAU